AUGAGCUCCUCCUUUCCGAAAUGUGACUCGGCAACCUCAUUGCUUAAAACAUCAUCAAGAAGGUCCACGCACGUCCAUGAGCGCACGGCGGACAGCCGGAGAAGUCAUCAACAGCACCGCCACCACCGUCCUGCCGUCGCCGGGCUCCACAGCAAUGGAACCGCUGAGGAGGCGCUGUUUUCGGCCGACAAUGAGGUCAGCGCCCAGAGACCGCUGUGCCACCCUUCGCUCCUUGGCACUCGGAAUGGAGGUGAAUCCACGCGGGUCAAAUGUCGCCCCCACGCACUUGAAGGUAACGGUCUGGAUCCCGCUGAGCCUCAAGCUGAGGCCGGCCGUGUGGUGAGGGAACGCGGCACUCACCGACACCACCGCCGCAGGAAGCACAACACCGAGGACCGACCGCCGGCCAGCGGAGCGCCCGAGCCAGAGCCAGAGCAUCGCCGUCGUUGCCGCGCACGGCAUCUCCCAAGGAUGCCCUCGAUUUUGGACAGUCACGAUGACAGGACUCCCCUCUGCGAGCCGCGGGAACAGAAGAGGGCAGGUUUGAGUAAAAGCGGGGGCCAGGCCACUCGCUCCCCGCCGUCCGCAGGCUCUCUUGUGCCGCUGUCCAGCACCUCCUCUCGUCGCUCCCGGAGGUCCAGCGCUGCUUCGUCUGCGUCGGAUGUCAACCUACGGACUGUCCUCAAUUCACUCUUUGGUCAGGACAGAGAGCUCCGUCCAGAGGAAAUGGAUGAGUUGCGGGAUGCGUUUAAAGAGUUUGACAAAGACAAAGAUGGUUUUAUCAGCUGUAAAGACCUUGGAAACUGCAUGAGAACUAUGGGAUACAUGCCGACUGAAAUGGAGCUUAUCGAAUUGAGCCAGCAGAUAAAUAUGAACCUGGGUGGUCAUGUUGAUUUUGAGGAUUUUGUAGAGUUAAUGGGUCCAAAACUCCUUGCCGAAACUGCAGACAUGAUAGGAAUAAAAGAAUUAAAAGAUGCCUUCAGAGAGUUUGACGCAAAUGGAGACGGUGCCAUAAGUACGUCUGAGCUCCGAGAUGCAAUGCGUAAGCUUCUGGGCCAUCAGGUGGGUCUAAAUGAAGUGGAGGAUAUUCUGCGGGAGGUUGAUUUGAAUGGGGAUGGGCUUGUUGACUUUGAAGAGUUUGUACGAAUGAUGUCUCGUUAAUAUCAUCAAAUGAUGCUCACCCCUCGCAAUACUUGAUCGAGGAGAAGAGCGGAUGCGUUAAUAUUUCUGAGCCAUUCAAAUUUUGGCUGACACUGGAAUUUCAACUUCUUGAAUGUUCUAGAGCGGGGGUCACCAACACGGUGCCCGCAGGUGAAUGAUAGCCCGCGAGGACCAUUUAGGUUACCCGCGAGGCAUGUUCUAAAAAUACCACUGGCCACAAAUUUUCAUUAUUUGUGCUUUCAAAUUUGAAUCUGACUUGCUUUCAUUAAUUACAUUUUGAAAAUACCUGUAAUGUCAUAUAAGCCUCAAAAUUAAAACAAAAAUACUUUAUGUACAUAUAAUGAACUCUUAAUCUGAAGUUUGCUGCAAACAGGUCAUGUAGGCCUUCGUACGAUCAGUGCUCACAAAGUAGCUCUCAUCCUCAGAAAGGUUAGUGACCCCUGUUCUAGAGUGAAGAGUCACCUCAAACUUUUGAUCAAUAAGUGUUCUUCCUGAAAAGUCUCCAGUCCAACAGGGGCAGACCUUGCUGUAGCCUAGCUUUUGAUUGUACAUUUGUUUUUGCACUUUACCUCUCACGUAAUAAUGUCCUGUGUCCAUUGAUUGUCGGUGUUACGUCUCGUCUUUUACAUGGUCACAUUGUUGUCUUGCAAACUAUUGCCUUCUAUUUACUGUGCGUUAGACAAAGUCAGGAAAAGAAAUUAACUGCUUGUAGAUGUGACUUAAAGAGUGCACUGUUAAAUGUUUUCACAAUUGACAUGUUGACAAUUGUUUGAUGAAAAAUAUGUAUUUAGGAUGUCCUGUCUGUGACAUUGGUGCCCCAUUUGGGAGCCCUGGUAGCAAUACUGCAUCUGUAUUAGACCUCUGUGUGAUCAGCUCCUAUUAGUCACUGUGCUAUUGCUAUUAAGCAACAUUCAGACAGCCACAUGAAAUGUACACAAUCUGAACUGUGAAAUCCUAUCGUUAAUGUUAUUCCUGCAAUCAGACCACAAGCAGUUGAUAUAACAUAUGUCUUGUCUCGUGAUAUCAGACUUUUAGAUUGGUUUCCUGUUGAAGCUGAAAUCUAGACAACCAAAGUUCUAGCGGUCUCCAUCCUGUUGUGGUUUUCAGCACAUGCCACAAUGGGUUUAGAGAAGUUUCAUGUCUCACAGUAGUAGUUCCUUACUCACAGGUUCAAAAUACUAGAAUUGCCAGUCUAGCUUUAGUCACACAAAAUGUUGGAAUGACGUGUGAACAGUAUUUUAUAGUGAAUGUCAGUGUCAAUGUGAUUGUAGUUGUGGUAGUCUCUCAAAUAUCUGUCGUUGAAGCAAAUUGUAUGCAUGGCAAAGAGAGACUUCCAUUCAAUAUGCAUAUUGGGAUUUUGGUAUCACAGAAUAAAAAUAUUUUGCAAAGUACAGUGUACACAAAAAAUUGGCCUUGCAGUCCUACUUUAUCGGUGGAUUUGUAAUGACAGUCUGAUGUCCAGCAAAAUUUGAGAGAAAAUAUUUUUUUUAAUUCAUCAUAAACAUCACCACACAUUUUAGAAAUAGCAAGUAAAAAAUAUCUGCAUUGUUGUCUGAACACAAACACAUUCCAUAGAAAAAAAAUAGAUUGAUUUUAAGAUGUCCCCUGGAGAAAUAUGUCUACAGAAAGAGUAGAAAAUGUUUACAUGAAGUAUUAAUAUUGUUGAAACAGUAUCACUGUGUGCUAACUGGCUAUAAAUGUUAUCUUUUAUUACGUUGCCCUGUCUUUGCUUCAUUGUUAGGUGAAAGGGUAUUAUUACCACAUAUCCUGGCCAACUGUGUGUUUAAUAAAAAUCUAAGGUGAGGAAUCCGGCAUC